CCCCCCCCCCCCCCCUUCCUUUUUAUUGGUGUAAGGUUGGGAGGUUUUCUUCCACUAGGCUUGUGAAGUCCAGCGCCUGGUGGGGUGAGUGGAUUUUUUGCUAUUUGCAGCCACCCAAGAAUAAGAUACGCCGUAUUCCACGUCUAAAUAACAGCAGAUAUUAGUACGCGUUUGGCUUGUUUGUGUGGUUUUUUCAGGGAAUCCAUUAUACAUCGUAUAAAAGAAUCACUAAAUUUAUAAAACUUUUUUUGAGAUGGACCAAAAUAUCCCACCUCUUGAAAGAUUCGUUUCUGAGGGUGAGGCGGAGCACGACUAGGGCACUGGGUUCCAGGAGGCAGGUCUGCUGGAAAAAAAGGAGACUAUCCUUUUUCCCUAAGAAUUCAGACUAACAAAGGAAAGCUGACAGGCACCGAAGAAACUCCGGAGCAAAGAUUACAAAGAUUACGCCCCGGAAAAUAAAUGCUCGAAGGGGGCGAGGGAAAAAAGCCAAAGGCUGGCUGUACAUGCGUGAUGGGAGCCGGUCUGUCAAAGUGAGGCUCGCAGCGGCACGUUGCCGGCAGGCGGCGCUGUGAGAGUGGACCGGGAGCCGGGCCCAGGCGAGGUGUCCUUCCCUACGCGGGAGGCGGGGCGCUGUCGGAGCCCUACCAGCAAAGUGGUAGGCACUUCCGCUUAGGUGUAGGUGCAGGAUAGGGCCAGAUUGAGCGGAGCCGUCGGCCCUGGGGAUGGAGAAUGGGGCUUCUCCUGGAACAGCUGUGGCUGCUCGUGGUGGCGCUGGCGGUGGCGCUCGUGGCCGCGGCGCUGAUUCUGAUGAAGAAGCUAUCUUGUGUUGCCUUUCUAUCUGCUACCAAAAUUCCAGACAGUUAUUGGCACAAAGAAAAGAAUUUCUUUUUAAAUGCAGCAGACAAGAAGGAAACUUUACCAACUAUACAUGACUCACCAACUAAGCAGUUGUCCGUAGUUGUGCCUUCAUAUAAUGAAGAAAAACGGUUGCCUCUGAUGAUGGAUGAAGCUCUGGAAUAUCUAGAGAUGAGACAGAAACAAGAUCCUACAUUCACAUAUGAAGUGAUCGUGGUUGACGAUGGCAGUAAAGACCAGACCUCACAGAUUGCUCUUAAUUAUUGCCAAAAAUAUGGAAAUGAUAAAGUUCGAGUAAUAACAAUGGUGAAGAAUCGUGGAAAAGGUGGAGCUAUCAAGAUGGGUGUAUUUACUUCUCGAGGAAAAAAGAUCCUUAUGGCAGAUGCCGAUGGAGCCACAAAAUUCGCAGAUAUUGAAAAAUUAGAAAAGGGACUUAGAAAUCUACAGCCUUGGCCUGAUCAAAUGGCUAUUGCUUGUGGAUCUCGAGCUCAUCUAGAGAAAGAAUCAAUAGCUCAGCGUUCCUAUUUCCGAACUCUUCUCAUGCAUGGAUUCCACUUUCUGGUGUGGUUCCUCUGUGUCAAAGAAAUCAGAGAUACACAGUGUGGGUUCAAAUUAUUAACUCGGGAAGCAGCUUUGCUGACUUUUUCAAAUUUGCACAUUGAGCGCUGGGCAUUUGAUGUAGAACUUCUUUAUAUUGCGCAAUUUUUUAAAAUUCCAAUAGCGGAAAUUGCUGUCAACUGGACUGAAAUUGAAGGUUCUAAGCUGGUCCCAUUUUGGAGCUGGCUACAGAUGGGCAAAGAUCUUCUUUUUAUACGACUUCAAUAUUUGAUUGGUAUCUGGAAGCUUGUAAACUUGCGGAAAAAAAAUUAGGUUAUUCAUGGAGGGUAUUAAUAUGCACCAAUGCCAUUUCAUAAGUGUUAAAUAAAACUAAUAUAAAGCUGUGA